AUGGAGCUCUCCAUAAUCUACUACAUUUUCCUCCUCCUGAUUUUUAUCUACUUCACUAAAUAUCACUUCCCACGCAUGAACACCAUCCAGAUGCCCGACCCGGUCCCGGUCCUAGCCAGUGACCCUAAUGACCAAGCCAAGGAACCCGACGAAGAUGAAUUCUACCACCACCCUGUGUGGUCCGAGUCGGAGCGGUGGUCCAACCCCGAGUUCACAGACGAGGGUCGUGCAAGAUGGAGAGGGGAGCCAUGGUAUAAGAGCGAAACUAGCAGCACGGCCCACCGCUUUAUAACUCGGAAUGCGCAGAACUUCUGCUACCCAUGGGGCUUUAUCAUCUAUCGCGUGGUAUACACAGCCGAGUCGGAUAGAUUAUGGCCUCUUGCGAUGGAAAGGCUUGCCUAUUCGCUGAACUUGGCAAUCAAGGAUGGGAGUGCGGAUCGGCAGGGCCGUCCUCAACAACUGGUUCAGACAUCGCAUAAGGACGUCAUACUCUCUGAUGCGGCUCGUUGGGAUGGGGCUAGCAUCGAGCAGGUCCGGGAUCAUUUUGCAGAGUAUCUACGCAAGACUGAUCAGGACGUUUACCCGAAUGAGCAACGGUAUGCUCUAUGUUUUGUUAUUGAUGAGAAGGCUUUGAAAUCCAUCACUGCACCGGGGCAUCGAGUUGGCUGGGUUGGGGCCGUUGAUGGAAGAUUUGACCCGGCGACCAAAUACGAGUGGCCUGAUUAUCGUGGGUUCAUGAGGGUGAAGGUUAGGUCUUUGUGGGAACUGUACCUGGAUCUUGAGGGCAAGCAUAUGUGGGAGGUAUGUCCGGCGCCACCAGAGGGGUGGAUUCCUGUUUAUGCUAGUGGGGAGAGAGUGGGACAAGACGAGAGUGGUGAAGUUGAGAGAGACUUUUCGCAGCAGCGGCCGGCGGGAGUGAGACCUGCACAGGGACGUGGAAGAGGCCUACCGAAUUGA